AUGGUUGCAUUAUCACAAGCUGACUCCCAAGCUGCUCGCAAUCUAGAUGAACAUGGCUGUUUGGGAAGCGCUGGAUACAGUUGGUGUCCUACCACUCAGACUUGCAUGAGGGAAUGGGAUACCCUCUGUCCAAGUGAAGCGCCCACUGCCAGCCCACAAAAUGACAAUCACAACUGUGUGGCAACUGCUGGCUAUACAUGGUGUCCUACCACUCAGACUUGUGUAAGGGAAUGGGAUACCCCCUGUCCCAGCGAAGCACCCACUGCCAGCCCACAAAAUGAUAAUCACAACUGCGUGGCAACUGCAGGAUACAGUUGGUGUUCUACACUGAACACGUGUGUGAGGGAAUGGGUUACCCCCUGUCCAAGUGAAGCACCCACUGCCAGUCCACAUAAUGACAAUCACAACUGCGUGGCAACUGCUGGCUAUACAUGGUGUGCUGCAACGAAUAGUUGCAUGAGGAACUGGGGGGCAGACUGUCCAGAUGCAUCAAAUGUUGGAACCACAGCAAUGGGUGGCAACGCCCAAGCUGUUGGUGGUGUUGACGUUGCAAGUGAAGAAGGAGUUACAGCAACUGCCAUGUCUGGAAGUGGUCCAGAUGAACAUGGCUGUGUUUCUGAUGCUGGCUAUACAUGGUGCCCCAAGCUGGCAAAAUGCAUCCGUCCAUUUCUCGAAGAUUGCCCCGUAGAAGGAACACAGUUUGAAGGCCCAAUCAGUAUUCAGUGUAUUGAUGGAGCAUGCAGCAUCAAUGAUGAUUGCCAAAUCAGUAUGGGAAACUUCACCAUUGGGGGACCUUAUCUCAAUGGUUUGGAUGGAAACCUUACCAUUCCAAGUGGUUGCACUGGAAAUUGUACUGGCUGUCAGGAACACAAGCAGGAGAAUGGUGCAGGGGUCCGUCGCCUCAGAGGGAGUUUUGCCCACUAA